AUGUUGCGAAUUGCUUCAAUUGCCUUUCUUCUUGGAUGUCUGGUACUAUUCCGCACCGAUGCGGAGAAGCAACUUUGGAUGGGCUCUCAAGUUGGUUGUUCCAAAAAGUCGCGAGGGAACCAUACAAUCCGAUGGGACUUCUUCAACGACCGUUUAAGCCAUUUAUAUGCUGAAAUAGUAUGGAACCACCGAUGUGAUGAGUUCAACCCAAGUGGAUUCUGGUGCUGGUGUCCGCCAACUGCGUAUUCCGAUUGUGUUUCACAAUGUACCGGAGUUCCCAAUCCAGACGUUGGGGGAGUUGCACUCGCUUGGGUAUGGCCCAUUCUUCUAGGCUUUGUCGUCAACGCCAGCACUCUCAUUCUCUUGAACCUACCUGCGUAUCAUCGCGGUAGGGCAUUACAUGUUCUCUAUGGUCUAUCGGACGAUGAUGACUCCCAAUCACAAUUGACGGCCUGGGAGCAGCUCAUUCGACCAUUGCUGGAGGAGUGGAAAACCGUGUGCGUCCUGGCUACCCUGACUUCCGGCGCUGCUCUUGCCACGUUUCAGAUUCCUAGCUUCAACAACAACCUUAUGAUUCCUGCACUGGCGUACUUAACCCUCAUUUCCAUGACGACAGCCAUCCUACUCUCGUCAAUCGUAAUCAUUCAUCUUGGAGGAGAAACGCGUGAUCCUGUGUUCAUUCAAACAUGGCUCGAGUCUGGACGGUGUGGCGAGUUUCUAUGUUAUGACACCGUGAAGAAAGUAUUUAUGCGACAUCCCUUCCAGGGGUUCUCUAUAUUUCAUCUCGUCUGUGGUGCUCCUCUUCUGGUCGGGGGGCACUGCGAACACAGCGAUGGGCUCUUCGCUGACCGCAUCAAACUCCGCCGUGGCCCUGGAGCCGUCGACUGGUUUUGUAUUCAGCUUUUGGAAGCAAGGGAGACGACAAUCGACCGUUUUGGAAGCAGCCUAGCUACAGAGAAUGAUAGUUACAACCUAACUCGUCCACGCCUCGAGUAUGAUGGAUCUUCUAAACUGGUCUCAAAAAUGUAUGGGUCCAUACAUACAUACCCGCGGGGCAUAGAUAAGACCCUGGGCCCAGCAAACUUGAUGGUCAUCGCGACGAAGUCCUAA